AUGACAGAACAAGAACGUCAUCAGUAUAUCCCUGAACAUCCGGUUCCACUGACUCUGGAAACGAUUGCGAACUCAAAAACAGAGCGAUUUGAAUUUGGCAAAGUGUCAGUGGUUCGUGUUCAAGUCAUAGCUAUCGUGGAGUCUAUCGAAAUCAAGGAUAAUAGUUUGGUAGUUUUAGUUACUGAUGAAAAAAGACAAAAUCGAGUGAUGGUUCAGAAGGUUAUCUCUUCCUCAUUCCCUCGUAAUCGAGCUGAAGAACUUCUUGUAGGAGAUUUCGUAGAUAUUGUCGGUAAAAUGAGGGUGAUGGAGAACGGAACAUCAUUUUUGAAUGCUCUCGGAUUGGACAUCGUUGGGAGAGCACAACACGAUUGCUACGUAUCACUUUGCCAAAUUUCAAAAGUUUUUUAUGAAAAGAAAUCUCCAAGUUUUCAGAAUCUUCCAAGUCUUCCAUCAGGAACUCAGACGAAAGUACCAACGAAACUUGGGUUGAAGAAGAAAGUUGGAAGUUUGGAUCGUUUUCCGAUGGAAAUGCUGGAAGAAUCAUCGUCUGUGGAGAAUAAUAUGGGUGUAUGGCCAAAAGAGAUCGAAGAAUUGGCGGCGGGAGCUUCGACCAGUGGCAUGGAAGUGGAUCCAUUUAGAACUGAGUCAUCAGACAGUGAUGAUGAUUCAGAAGAUUCAGAUGAGGAUGAAGAGGAGAGUGAAGAGGAAAGUGAUACUGAGGACUCUUUUGAUGCAGGUCCACCCAAAACGGAACCCGUUGAACAGGUAAAAAGUUCAACUGUUCAAGAAUCACAGAUGGAAACAGACGAUUCGUUCGAAGCAGGUCCUGCUUUGAUCAUACCAGUAAAGGAGCCAAAAAUUGAAUCAGGAAAGGUGGGAACGGAAAUAAAGGAAGAAAAUAUCGAGGUGGAAUUUGACUCUUUCGAAAAUAUUUAA